AUGUCUGGUUAUACGUCAUCACCCUCACCGAUUGGUUUGGCCGGAGGCAGUCGAGCAGCUGCUGAAAGUGAUGAUAGUACCAGGAAGAGGCAAGUACGGCUACUCAAGAACAGAGAAGCGGCAAAAGAAUGUAGGCGGAAAAAGAAAGAAUAUGUGAAAUGCCUGGAAAAUCGUGUAGCCGUUUUGGAAAAUCAAAAUAAAGCGCUGAUCGAAGAACUCAAAACGCUGAAAGAAUUGUACUGCAGAAAAGAGAAAACGGAGUUAUAA